AAUCACUAUCUAAUCAUACUUUUUAUCCAUCAUUUACUCAAGUGUUUCCAUUAUUUUGGCAGUUACCUGUAGAUUCCCUAUAAUAAAAAAUAUUUUUGCCAAGUUGUUAGUAAUUUCAAGGAAUAGAACUUGGAGGGAUAGAGUACAUACUAGAUAACAUUGUGCACAUGACACAAUCACUAGCCUCGUUUACACCUUGUGUUAACAUGUACGUUUCGUAAUCUGAUCAAUAUGAUCCAAUCACUAUCUAAUUAAGUACAAUCAGAAUGUGGAAAUUAUCAGGACAAAGGGCGCGAGUUAGCACCAGUUUUAAACGGGGCUAUACUGUGAGCUCUUCUUUAUUAGCCUACAGUGUAUUUUGGCGUCUGUUACGCAGGGAGGAUGUGUGUCACAAGUGUUUCACACGCUCUUUUUUUUCUUAAAUUGAAACCACACGAACUUCCUUUUCUACCUUCCUUGUAUUGUAUUUGCGCGUAAAGAGACAGUCAGAGGAGUUGACAGCAAUGAUGUAUAUAUUAUACACAUUGGUUGAGAAAGAGAGGCGCGAACAUGUAGCCUAGGCGUUGUGAUGAUAAAGGUUGAAACGUUUAUCCAGGAUGAACCGUUUCAGUAAAUUGUCAUCUGAAAAACAGAAGAAAACCUGGAUGAAAUAUGCAGUGCUAUGUUGACAACAAGAUGCAACUCGAGACCGGUGAGCGCAGUGGGAGAAACCAGAAUUGAAACCUGCGGUGCUUCAGUGAAGCCAUCUUGUCUGAAGAGGAUCACUGUAACGGAGACAGAGGGAGUCAGGAAACAGGUGCAGUCGCCCCCCCCCCCCCGUCUGAUGGAGAGGCCGUCUUCUACAACCAGGCGUCAGGCCUGGUUCCAGACCGGUCGCCAGUGGCCAACCCUGAAAGAACAAGAUCCACAGGGACCUCCAUCCAUCCACCCGUCUGUUCCACACCAGUCUGCAUCAGAGGAUGAUGUCUUCUCAGAUGGAUGCUCAGCAGGAAAGAUUGAGAGCUGGCUGCUGGGCUGUGGGCUGGAGACGGACUCAGAAAACUCUAGACAUAAUCUGACUGUUGAGUCUCUGCUGAAAUCGAACAGUUUUGAAGAUGACCUGAGUCUGGGGGCCGAGGCUACAGUAUUAAAUGUUGAGGAAGGAGUCUCAGAACUGGGGAGCUGCCCACUGCUGCUUCCACCACCCAAACAUCCUCACAGAGGAGUCACCACCAGUACUCCCCGCCAGAGGCUGGCUCUGCCCCAUCUCUACCUGGGUCACAGUCUGGCCUCCAGUGGGCUCUCCAAAAGCACCAGUAAAGCAUCGAGUGUGUCGGAGGCGCUGCAGAUGUGUGCGGAGGAUGCAGAGGAGACUCUGUACCAGUUAGGGUUUGGUUGUGAUGAGCCUGAGGUUACGGCCCGUAUCCCUAUCCGCUUCAUCAACUUCCCGUCCCAUGCCCACGGCAUCAACCUCCGCCUCUUUCUUCAGUCCCAACUGCACCGGCUCCGACAGGAGGACCCAGGACUCUCCCUGGCCAGUCGUUUCAGGCAGGUAGAGGUGCUGACAGCCAUGGCCAACGCCUUCUACUCCCUCUACUCACACGUGUCCCGCACACCCCUCCAGAAACUCGCCCCUCCCGAGUUCAGCUUCUCCCCCACCGCUGACGGGCAGAUCGGACGGCGCUUCAUGGGAAGCGUCCGCAGCGAACCGAGGUCUCCAGUGGAACGACUCAAGGACACGGUUUCUAAGAUGUGCCUGUAUACUGGCUCUGGGGGUUCCGCCCGGCUGGGCUCGGACUCUGCCUGCCCCAGACCAGGACUCUCCCCAGGGCCUGGGUCUGGGUCGGCCCCCAAGAAGAGAAGCAGCCUGCCUGACUUGGUGGGUCUGGUCCUGGAGAACACCAAGGCAGAGGCUUUAUCCAGAGACAUGGAGGAUAAUCAGGAUACAGGGGACAGUAAUGAGACGAGUGCUGCUGUGGACACGAUGGUGAAGGAUAGAGAGACAGAGACACAGGGACACAUAGACAGGGAGGGGGAGCAGGGGUUGUUUUCAGAUGUACAGGAUAUGGACACUGGGGAUAGUAAUAAGGCAUGUGCUGUGGGCACACGUAUGUUCAGGGACAGAGAGACAGAGACACCGGGACAUAUAGACACAGUCAGGGACAAGGAGUUGGAGCAGGGAUCGUCAUCAGAUAGGGAUGGAGUUAAUUUAGAGAGAGAGCAACAUUCUGACACAACACCCAACCUUGGGGCAUCAUCACUUUCAGAAUCAGGUCAUCAAAGAGAGCCCAGUAGUAGGAAGAAGCUGGACUUUGGCCUUACUACUCCAAGACCUACUUGUGAAGUUGGAGAAACUCAAAACACAAUUCAUCCCAGAGGCUGGGCAACGGUAGUGGCACCGGUCGCCAAGGUUACCCAUGACAUCACCCGUCCUCAGAUCGUUGAGUGUGUUCACCAGGCUCCGUACAGCAGUCAACUACAUCAGUGGAAUAAUAACACACAGGCGGCAGACACUUUGUCAUCUGUCGUCUCCUCUGAGAACGUCAGAAGAUCUGACCGAUCCUUCACCACAUCAGACGGACUACACCAACCCAGGGAGGAGGAAUGCUUAACUACCAGUAACUCAGCCAAGAGUUUAGAGGUCACAGUAACUCCCAUGUCUAAGGUUGAAUCCAGCUUGGGAGAAACUGGAACACUGGUGGUGUCAACGUUCGUGCCUAUAGAGCUCCUUAGUUGCAGGAAGUCCCCUUGUCUCAUCACUGUUACUGAUGUGACACCUUCUAGUUCUUUAGACACAGAUGCACCUGAGAUGAUUCUCCCUCCCAGUGGUGGGACCACAGUGGUGCCUCCAGCAGCUCAGUAUUAUCCAGGUGUAUGGAGGAACAAGAGGUACCUGAGUCCUCUGAAACCACCACCACUCCAGGGGCAGGUCUCCCACACUAUUCAACAGGCCAACUCCUUUGAGCUGGAGGAGGUACAUAGCGCAGGGGAGGAAGACUUUGGACAGCAAGAAACUAUACGGUCAACAUCUUUGUCACGGUCUACUGUCAAUCAAAACAAAGGUCUGGUGGUUCGAGGGGACAGCAUGCAAUCAGACAGUAGUGGCUACGCCGAUGAAGACGUCUACUCCCCUGAGAGACAAGAGUUGACGGACAGACCCUCAGGGAAAUAGACUCCGGGAACUAUUUAUUUGUAUGAGUCACACAAACAUAUUCAGCCACUGAAGAUACUUCAUGAACAAUCCGUAUCUGUUGAAUGUAUGAAAAGGUUUGUUAUUGUUAAUGACAUCAUGAACACACCCACUGGCGUGACGUCGACCGAGUUCACAGUUGUCUUCCGCCGGUUAACGCAUUGCCCCGGAGGUAUAUUUAACACAGAUCAAGUUGCCUAACCUGAUGCGCAGGCAUUGCAUCAACCAACAGUUGUGUGCCAGACAAUGCAAUGUGGUUAGCUGACAUGUUAAAUACUUAUCCAGGCAUUGUAAGAUCUGGCAUGAGUCUUCAGUGUAGUCGGACAGGAACUCAACCCUUCGGUUUGAUUGUGUAGACUGUCCUAUGUCCAGUGUUACUGUCGACAGUCAUUAAUCCAUGCUAGUGCUAUGACUUUUUUUUUGGAAAAUUGUUAUUUAUGGAUGUUAAAAAUAAAUGUUUUAUAAAUUAAGAGAAUCAAUAAAAGUGAUUUCAA